UCGAGGCAUACAGAAGGAGAAGACUCGGUCGGCUCAGUGGCUUUGAGGGACUUCACUGACUUGGCUGUUGGAUCAGGCAGACUCAGGCUCUGGUUCAUCGCGUGUGUUGAGUUAGGCCGGCCAAGAAAACGAGCUCGAGGCGAUGACGCAUAGCUCGAUCUGGGCUUGAAGCCACACCUCUCCAGGGCGUAUAUCUGUCCCCUGGUUCGUUGGUUGGGCUGGUGGACUCGCUGAGCUCGAGGGAAGAACGGGCCAGACCGCGGACCCCGUCGCAUCAUUAGUCAUCGAUCAUCGGUCGCCUGGGAUCGUCAAGCAGAUCGUCAUUAGGAAGUCGGCCCAAGCAAAAAGACCCUGUCCCUUUUCAGAUGGAUUUGAGGGCGUGCCGUCGAGGCCCAUCGGGGCUGGCCUGGUCCGCCUGGUCCACCUGGUUGAUAUGGCUGACUUUGGGCGGCUCGAUUCAAGCUGGAGUGCCCCAGAAGCACGCCGGGCACAAUCACGCCCGUGGCGGACAGGCCGAGCGUACGGCCGACGGGGCCUUUGCGUCGCUGAACACGGGCGAAGCACCCACCCACGAGAAUGCAUUCGAUCAUGAGGCCAUCCUAGGAUCGCACGCCGAGGCCGAAACCUUCGAUCAGCUUUCACCCGCCGAGGCUCAACGCCGUCUGCGGAUUCUCUUGGACAAAAUGGAUCGGAAUCACGAUGAGCGCAUCGAGAAACCCGAGCUAUUUGCCUGGAUCCUCCGAUCUUUCAAAAGUCUUAGUCAGGAGGAGUCCUCGGAACGCUUCAAGGACGCGGAUUUGGACGCCGACGGCGAAGUCACAUGGGCCGAGUAUAUCAAAGAGGAGUUUGAGAUCGACGAUGAUGAAGAAGGCCAAGCCGAGAUGAAGAGCAUUCAGACGGACCCGGAUCGUCUGGACGAGCUCCAGAUGAUGGAAGAGGACCGGAUCCUGUUCCAGGCCGCCGACAAGAACGGCGACAACAAGUUGACCCCCCCCGAAUUCCUCUCAUUCAGCCAUCCCGAGGAUGACCCGAGCAUGCAUCAGGUGGUGCUUCAGCAAGUGCUUCAUGACAAGGAUCGGAACCGAGAUGGUCGGAUUGACUUCCAGGAAUACAUCGGCGAGCGCGGACAGGAUCAAUCCAAAGAGUGGAUCAUCAGCGAGAAAGAUCGAUUCGACAAUGAGCUCGACAAAGACAAGGAUGGCACGCUGAGUGCCGAGGAGAUCAAAGCCUGGAUGAUCCCCAGCAACAACGACAUUGCCCACGACGAGGUGAGCCACUUGUUUGCGGGGGCCGACGAUGACGUGGACGGGAUGCUCACAUUCGACGAGAUCCUGACCCACCACGAUAUUUUCGUGGGGUCCGAAGCCACCGACUACGGAGAGCAUUUGAAUAAUCUCCAUAAAUUCGAGGACGAGCUUUGAUGGUGAAUGGACGCUUCCCGCCAUCCCUCCAUUCCCAUCGGUAACUACAGCCCUCCUCUCAAACCCCACCCACAUCUCCAUUGACCCCGAGUCAAAACUCGCCGCUGUCAGAUGUAGCUAAAACUGCAAGUCUUCUCUUUAAUCCGAUGUCUUUUGAAACGUUUCUUUCGGCAUUUAUGUUAUCCAACACUGUUAGUCUCCUUUUUACGUCGAGUGUUUGUCUUUAUGUCAGUUUUCCGUUAUUUGUGCGUGAAAUAUAAUUGUCCCGAUCAAA